AUGCAUAUCUCCAACUUCUUGUACCCAGCACUGCUAGCCGCCAGUGGCGCUGAAGCUCUCCGAUCAGACAAAGUCAAGCUUUCCAACAUUCAAAGCCUCACCUUGCGCAAGGGACAGCAAACAUCUGCGCGUCGCGUUGAUCCAAUCCCCCAACUAAAAUGUAUCGGAGGCUCCGCUCGCGGCCUCUAUGAGCCCGAGAUUAUGCGUUGCAAGAACAGCGGCUCAGACUACGACGAAAACUCCAUCCAGUGGACCUGCACAGCCUCCCUACCUGAAGAAUUCAAACUCGGCUCCACAGACGUCAUCUGCGAGGGCUACGAUUACCCUGAGGACCCGUACAUCCUAAAAGGCAGCUGCGGAGUCGAAUACAGACUCAUCCUUACCGACAAGGGCCGCGAACGAUACGGCAAAGGAAGAGGCGGAUGGCAAGGUGACGACGACGAUCGACGUGAUGGUCCGCGGACGACGGGCGAGAAGGUUGCAGGAGUUUUGUUCUGGAUGCUGUUCGGUGGCGUUGUACUCUGGAUGAUUUACUCGGCACUGAGGAACCGUGCCGAGGCACAGAACGGUGGCGCCGCUGGUGGAAAUCGACCUGGCUGGGGUGGAGGUGGCGGCGGAGGUGGAUGGGGAGGAGGCUACAAUGACGAUAAUAAUGACCCCCCGCCACCAUAUUACCCGAAUGAUCCCAGGAACUCUAAAUCGGGAUACGGAACUACUCAAGGCUGGAGACCGGGAUUCUGGUCUGGUGCUGCCGGUGGUGCUGCUGCUGGCUGGGCUGCUGGACAGUUUGCUAACCGGGGUAAUAGUAGCAGGAGUGGUAGAUGGGGUUCUAAUAGUGGUAGUGGAAGCGGAAGCCGCUGGAAUAAUGGUGGUGAGGGAAGUUCUAGGAGUUCGUCUGGGGAUAGCUACUCCAGUACUAGACAUGAGAGUACUGGGUUUGGAGGCACAUCGCGGAGAUGA